AUGAACCCAAUUACUCUGUUUAAGCUCGUGUCCAUUGUGUGCAUCUGGCUCGUGGGUCUUCUCGGUGGUUUAAUACCUGUAUUAUUGGCAGUAAAGCAUACGAAUUCUCCUCUUUUAAGUAUUUUAAACGCUUUUUCGGGUGGUGUUUUCCUUGCCGGUGGUUUUUUUCAUUUAUUACAUUCGGCUAUUAAGAAUCCAGCAUUAUGUAAAUGGUCGACCGAGAAUGAUGGUCGAUAUGAUUUUCCAUAUGCUGAAAUGUUUAGUACAUUGGGUUUUUUAAGUCUUUUACUAUUAGAACAAGCUGCACAGACUCAAAUGAACUCAUCGAAAGACUCGACGAUUAAUAAAUACAUUCCAGCCAAGAGUGAAAAUCAUGAGGAAGAGCUUUAUGGUGUUAUGGAAAGUGAUGAUACUUAUCUAGAGGAUGUGGACAAUGAAGGACUAAGUAACGUCCGAUACAGUCAUUCCGGUCACUCACACUUUGGUGGUGGUGAUAUUCCUAAUGACCAAGAUAUAGGGUCAUUAGCUGUGGCUAUGGUACUGUUUCUCGCUCUUUCAUUCCACUCAGUAUUGGAGGGAUUAGGUAUUGGAGCACAGACAGAGACGGCGUGGGGUGUCUUUAUGGCCAUUAUCAUGCACAAGGGACUGGCAGCUUUUGCAUUAAGCUCGGGACUUGUGCAGAGUGCCAUGUCUAUGACUCAUGUCAUGUUGUACAUGGUCGUGUUCUCGUUCAUGAGCAUUAUCGGUAUUGUUGUGGGCUGGAUCAUUGCUGCCGACGAAUCAGAGGAUUCGGCUGCAGCGGGUAUCUGUGUAGCCCUGGCUUCUGGAACGUUCAUCUAUGUGGCGGUCAUGGAAGUUAUCCCUCAGGAAUUUCCACGACAUAGUCACGAUGGUGGCCAUGAAGGACACGGCCACAAGCAGAAAUCCAAAAUGAUGUUGAAAAAGUCCAUUGCGCUAAUGGCCGGCUAUGCCAUCUUCGGCCUGCUUGCCAAGUGGUCAUGA